ACAUCUUUUACGUCAGUUCAUGGGACCCGACUUGGGGCUGAGGUUCAUUUUCUUAAUAUGGGUUCUUUCGUUUCACAGCCCCUUGAGCCGGUCAAGUUCGUUGCGACUCCUGAGGCCACCUCCACCGCUAAGCCCGCACAGGUCACUGCAACCGGAGCGCCAGCCUCUCCAGAGCAAGCCCCUCUAUUUAAUAACUGCUGGAGCUGUCGCGUGCUCUCCGGGUCGGGGCUGAUAGGGGCAGGAGGGUAUGUGUACUGGACGGCGCGGAAGCCCAUGAAGCUGGGAUAUCCCCCGGGUCCUGGGACUAUUGCGCAGAUGAUCUUCGGCAUCAGCAUUGCUUGCUGGGGUGUGGUCAUCCUGGCAGACCCCAAAGGGAAGGCCUUCCGCACUGGAUGAAAGUACCACCAGUGAAUUUGUCGUCUCUCCAUGUCCCCAUGACACACAGAGGAAGAAUGGCACUUAUAGAUGUUCUGGACAGAAAUAUGGACAUUGACAGACUUCAGUCCGGCAGAUACUACAUGACUGAAAAGACAAACAUGGAUUGUCAUUCAUGAGUCAUGACUGUUGAUGGCGUUCUUCGCAGGUUCCACAGGGACCAAUAAAUCCCUGAGAAAAGAAAA